CCCACUGGUUUGGUGCUAAACCCUUUGCACAAAAUGGACGUCGUCUACACCUCGGACAGCUGCGAUAGUGACUCGCGCGAGCUGAAAACGGUCGAUCUGGGCCACUCGAACAAGCGGCAUCUGGACGACGAUCUGCUGCGCGUCUCAAAGUCAAAGAAGCUGGCCGAAGAUAUCGAAACGGUGCUGCUCAAUCACAACAAGCUGAUAAGGGUGCCACUGUCGCUUGCCGACUUUACCAACCUGAAGGUGCUGGAUCUGAGCAAUAAUCGGCUGGAAGAGCUACCCGACGUGAUCACGCAAUGCCAGCUGACAACGCUGAUCGUAAAAAACAAUCUGCUGACGGAUAAGUCACUGCCAAAGUCAUUGCUUGCGGCGGCGGGCAGCGGUCUCAAGGAGCUCAACCUAAGUGGCAAUCGUUUCGCACACUUUCCUGAGCAAGUGAUCGAGCUGCGGUCGUUGAAAUAUCUUUACCUGGGCGGUAAUCAGAUCACGAAUGUUUCGAAGGAUAUAUGGAAGCUGCAAAACCUGCAGCUGCUUUCGCUUGGCGGAAAUCUUAUUGCAGAAAUCCCGGAGACCGUCGGUCUGCUCAACCAUCUGCAUGCCCUCGUUCUUUGUGAUAAUUUAUUGGAGAUGCUGCCCGCAUCCAUUGCUCGACUGGUCAACCUCAAGUCGCUACUAUUGCACAAAAAUCGUUUGCGACAUCUGCCGCGGGAGAUUAUUACGUUGCGAAACUUAACCGAGCUGAGUCUGCGCGAUAACCCAUUGGUCGUGCGCUUCGUUAAGGAUAUGACAUUGAAUCCGCCAAGCUUGCUAGAGCUCGCUGGACGUACCGUGAAAACAUGUGCCAUUCGCUAUGGAACGGAAGAUUUGCCACGCACCCUGAUUGAGUACCUCCAGACGGCGAACUGUUGCGUGAAUCCAAAUUGCAAAGGAGUAUUUUUUGACAACCGUGUUGAACAUAUCAAGUUUGUAGAUUUCUGUGGCAAAUACCGUAUUCCUUUGUUGCAGUAUUUAUGCUCCUCAAAAUGCGUUGCGGAUACCAGCUCGACAGAUCCGGGUAGCGAGCCAAGCAGCAGCAUGAUGCGUAAAGUUUUGCUCGGGUAACUCGGUCAGGAUACGUUUCAAUGGUUAAAUGGUACAAAUUUGUUAGAGCAUAUCGCCAAAAAGCGCCAUACACACGGGUGGACAAUCAUGAGUACGACUACUACUACUACUAUUAAUCUAC